UACUAUCAUUUAACAGGGUCUACAGUGUACACAAAGAGGUUACGACGAGAGAAGAAGGCGGCAAGUACCACCGCAAAAACUGCAAGAAACGUUUCUUUUUCACGAUUUGCAGAUCACAUGCUUUCAUAUAUGGAUAAGCUAUUUGCUUUUUAUGAGUUUCGUACUGCUAAGUAUCGGUUUAGUUUCUAUCAAGGAAAACAAAGGGCCCUCAAAAUAAUGGUAAAUAUGCUGUUGAAUGGCGGUGCCAAGUACAACAAGAAAAGAAAACGAAAAAAAAGGAAAGAAUAG